AUGUCCAUGGUUGACGCCACAGAGCUGUGGACGGCGGCUGCACUUGGCGACGGUGUGGGAGUUGUGGCGGCGCUGGCCGCUCUGCCGCCACACGCCGUCUUUGCCACCGGCCCCGAUGGCACGCCCGCCCGCGCUGCGGCGGCAGAGAGGCAUCACACAGGCGUGGCGCGGUUCCUCGCUCGCGCCGAAGAGCGGGUUCUUGCUCCGCUAGCUAGCAAUCCCGAUGCGCCACUGCCACCCAACGCCCCACCGGCGCUCGUCGUUGCUGCUGCUGCCCGCCGCGCCGAUGCGGCCGUCAUUGCAGCCGCAGCUGCCGAGCCGUGGAAACCUGGCUUCAUCGCCGGCUCUGCUCUGCUGGUCUGGCUAGCGCUGCUGGCGGCAGUCGGUCACUGGGCUGGCCAUGCCGCGCUGUGGCUGGGCGCGAUCGCUGGUGGCUUCAUGUGGCGGCGGCGGCUGCGGGCGGCGCUGAUGCCGCGGCGCGGCUCGCCCAACACCGGGUUUGUGGGCAUGGCCCUGGCCAUGUGCGUCGCGCUCGGCGGCACGUACUGGGUCGUCUACUUUCGGCUCACCUCCUCGCACCUGCUGCUCUCGUCGAUCAUGUUUGGCGUCGGCAACUUUAUGCUCUACGGCUACGCGUCGUUCCUCUCGUCCAAGCCCGGUGCCGUCCCGCACGGCGCCCGCGGACGCGCCAUGCUCGCCGCUGUUGCUGCCGAGCUUCCAAAUCCGGACACGCUCCUCACGCUCGGUAGCCUUCCACCCAACUACUGCAUUCCGUGCGAUGUGCUGAUGCCGCGGCGCGCCAAGCACUGCGCCGUCUGCAACGUCUGCAUCCUUCGCCACGACCACCACUGCCUGUGGGCCAACACCUGCGUUGGCGCCGCCAACCACCGCAUGUUCUACUUUUUGUGUGGGCCGUCAACUCUCGCCCACUUGCGCUAUGGCGCGGCCGAGCCACACGACCCCAUCGUCGCCGCCGCCCGCUUCGUCGCCGCCAUGUACGCCGGCUAUCCAUGGACGUUCUGGCUCGUGGUCCACUGCCUCCUCGCGCUGCCCUUCACAAUCAACCUCCUCGCCCGCCAGACCCGGCUCAUCGCCGCAGGACUCACCACCAACGAGUAUUAUAACGCCCACAAGCUCAGCUACCUCGCAGACGACGACGGGCUGUUUGCCAACCCGGCCGAUGCCGGCUGGCUCACCAACGUAGCUACGUUUGUGGCCCCGGGGCUGGCAGCUGCACUCGGCCCAUGGCGGCAGCGGCCCCGCCCGCCACCGAUGACAGCACGUCACUUGCCGUCCACCACCCACACGUGA